CGGGCGGACACUUGGUUCAUUCCAGCCGCAGAAGCUCAGGGCUCCCGCGUACCGGGAUUUUUUUCCUAGCAGAAAAAAGCUCCAGAGCUCUCCUGACCUCCUUUCUCCUCGGCGGCGAGCGGAGCCUCUCCCUCGGCGCUGCCGGCCGCGCCAUGCCGCGCUCGCGGGGACGGGAGCAGGGGCGCUGCGGCUGCCCCGCGGGGAGAGCUCGCGGCGAAGCCGGGAUUUCGGCUCCUGUGCCGGGCGCCGGGAGCCGCUGGGGCCGCCCUCCGCCACCAACGCCGCCGCCGCUGCUGCUGCUGCUGGGCUGGGGGCUGCUCAGCGCCUCGGCCACCGCUGGCCAGAAUUGCACGUUCCAACUGCAGGGUCCCAAUGGCACAGUGGAGAGCCCAGGGUUCCCGUAUGGCUACCCCAAUUAUGCCAACUGCACGUGGACCAUCACCGCCGAGGACCAGCACAGGAUCCAACUCGUGUUCCAGUCCUUCGCCCUGGAAGAGGACUUUGAUGUCCUGUCAGUAUUCGAUGGCCCACCCCGGCCAGAGAACCUGCGAACCAGGCUGACUGGCUUUCAGCUGCCAGCCACCAUCGUCAGCAUGGCCACCACCCUGUCCCUGCGUCUCAUCAGCGACUAUGCAGUCAGCGCCCAGGGCUUUCACGCCAGCUAUGAAGUUCUCCCCAGCCACACGUGUGGGAACCCAGGGAGGCUGCCCAAUGGCAUCCAGCAGGGUUCAACCUUCAACCUGGGUGACAAGGUCCGCUACAGCUGCAACCCUGGCUUCUUCCUCGAGGGUCACGCCGUGCUCACCUGCCACGCUGGCUCCGAGAACAGUGCCACGUGGGACUUCCCCUUGCCCUCCUGCAGAGCGGACGAUGCAUGUGGCGGGACCCUGCGGGGCCAGAGUGGCAUCAUCUCUAGCCCCCACUUCCCCUCCGAGUACCACAACAACGCCGACUGCACGUGGACCAUCCUGGCCGAGCUGGGGGACACCAUCGCCCUGGUCUUCAUCGACUUCCAGCUUGAGGAUGGGUACGACUUCCUGGAGGUCACGGGGACCGAAGGCUCCUCCCUCUGGUUCACCGGAGCCAGCCUCCCAGCCCCUGUCAUCAGCAGCAAGAACUGGCUGCGGCUGCACUUCACGGCGGAUGGCAACCACCGGCAGCGGGGCUUCAGCGCCCAGUAUCAAGUCAAGAAGCAAAUCGAAUUGAAGUCCCGAGGUGUGAAGCUGAUGCCCAGCAAGGACAGCAGCCGGAAGACAUCUGUAUUAACUCAGGUUGGUGUGUCCCAAGGACAUAAUAUGUGUCCAGACCCUGGCAUACCUGAAAGGGGCAAAAGACUAGGCUCGGAUUUCAGGUUAGGAUCCAGCGUCCAGUUCACCUGCAACGAGGGCUAUGACCUGCAAGGGUCCAAGCGGAUCACCUGUAUGAAAGUGAGCGACAUGUUUGCGGCCUGGAGCGACCACAGGCCCGUCUGCCGAGCCCGCAUGUGUGAUGCCCACCUUCGAGGCCCCUCAGGCAUCAUCACCUCCCCCAAUUUCCCCAUUCAAUAUGACAACAACGCGCACUGCGUGUGGAUCAUCACAGCCCUCAACCCCGCCAAGGUGAUCAAGCUGGCCUUCGAGGAGUUUGAUUUGGAGAGGGGCUACGACACCCUGACUGUCGGGGACGGUGGGCAGGAUGGGGACCAGAAGACAGUUCUCUACAUCCUGACAGGUACAUCGGUCCCAGAUCUCAUCGUCAGCACCAAUCAUCAAAUGUGGCUCCUCUUUCAGACCGAUGGCAGUGGCAGCUCCCUGGGAUUCAAGGCUUCAUAUGAAGAGAUCGAGCAGGGCAGUUGCGGUGACCCUGGCAUACCUGCCUACGGCCGGAGGGAAGGCUCUCGGUUCCGCCACGGUGACACACUCAAGUUUGAGUGCCAGCCUGCCUUUGAGCUGGUGGGGCAGAAGGCAAUCACGUGUCAAAAGAAUAACCAGUGGUCGGCUAAGAAGCCAGGCUGCGUGUGGCAGAGGCUGGCAGGCAGCAGACGCCACAUCAUGCCAUUGAAACACCACCUAGUGAAGACGUUUCAGAGACCACCGCACAUCCAUGUCUGUAGCUCGGGAGAAGUUUCCUGCUUCUUCAACUUCACCAGUCCCUCCGGAGUCGUCCUGUCUCCCAACUACCCAGAGGACUAUGGCAACCACCUACACUGCGUCUGGCUCAUCCUGGCCAGGCCCGAGAGCCGCAUCCACCUGGCCUUCAAUGACAUUGAUGUGGAGCCUCAGUUUGAUUUUCUGGUCAUCAAGGAUGGGGCCACUGCCGAGGCCCCGGUCCUGGGCACCUUCUCAGGAAACCAGCUCCCCUCCUCCAUCACGAGCAGUGGCCACGUGGCCCGUCUUGAGUUCCAGACUGACCACUCCACAGGGAAGAGGGGCUUCAACAUCACCUUUACCACCUUCCGACACAAUGAGUGCCCAGAUCCUGGUGUUCCGGUAAAUGGCAAACGGUUUGGGGACAGCCUUCAGCUGGGCAGCUCCAUCUCCUUUCUUUGUGACGAAGGCUUCCUCGGGACCCAGGGCUCGGAGACCAUCACCUGCAUCCUGAAGGAGGGCAGCGUGGUGUGGAACAGUGCCGUCCUGCGCUGCGAAGCUCCCUGCGGUGGCCACCUGACUUCGCCCAGCGGCACCAUCCUCUCUCCUGGCUGGCCUGGCUUCUACAAGGAUGCGUUGAGCUGUGCCUGGGUGAUCGAAGCCCAGCCAGGCUACCCCAUCAAAAUCACCUUUGACAGAUUUAAAACUGAGGUCAACUAUGACACCCUGGAAGUACGAGAUGGACGGACAUACUCAGCGCCCUUGAUCGGGGUUUACCACGGGACGCAGGUCCCCCAGUUUCUCAUCAGCACCAGCAACUACCUCUACCUCCUCUUCUCUACGGACAAGAGCCACUCGGACAUCGGCUUUCAGCUCCGCUAUGAGACUAUCACACUGCAGUCAGACCACUGUCUGGAUCCAGGAAUCCCUGUCAAUGGACAGCGUCAUGGGAAUGACUUCUAUGUGGGCGCUCUGGUGACAUUCAGCUGUGACUCGGGCUACACACUGAGUGACGGGGAGCCCCUGGAGUGUGAGCCCAACUUCCAGUGGAGUCGAGCUCUGCCCAGCUGUGAAGCUCUCUGUGGUGGCUUCAUUCAAGGCUCCAGUGGGACCAUCUUGUCACCAGGCUUCCCUGACUUCUACCCCAACAACCUGAACUGCACUUGGGUUAUCGAAACCUCGCAUGGCAAGGGUGUGUUCUUUACCUUCCACACCUUCCACCUGGAGAGUGGCCACGACUACCUCCUUCUCACCGAGAACGGCAGCUUCACCCAGCCCCUGAGGCAGCUGACCGGCUCCCGGCUGCCCGCGCCCAUCAGUGCCGGGCUCUAUGGCAACUUCACGGCUCAGGUCCGCUUCAUUUCCGACUUCUCCAUGUCCUACGAAGGAUUCAACAUCACCUUCUCAGAGUAUGACUUGGAGCCCUGCGAGGAGCCCGAGGUCCCAGCCUACAGCAUCCGGAAGGGCCUGCAGUUUGGCGUGGGCGACACCUUGACCUUCUCCUGCUUCCCCGGGUACCGUCUAGAGGGCACCGCCCGCAUCACGUGCCUGGGGGGCAGACGGCGCCUGUGGAGCUCGCCUCUGCCAAGGUGUGUUGCUGAGUGUGGGAACUCAGUCACCGGCACUCAGGGUACUCUGCUGUCCCCCAACUUUCCUGUGAACUACAAUAACAAUCACGAAUGCAUCUACUCCAUCCAGACCCAACUGGGGAAGGGGAUUCAGCUUAAAGCCAGGGCAUUUGAACUCUCAGAAGGAGACAUCCUCAAGGUCUACGAUGGCAACAACAACUCUGCCCGUUUGCUGGGGGUGUUCAGCCGCUCUGAGAUGUUGGGAGUGACUUUGAAUAGCACGUCUAGCAGUCUGUGGCUGGAUUUCAUCACCGAUGCAGAAAACACCAGUCAGGGCUUUGAGCUACAGUUUUCCAGUUUUGAGCUCAUCAAAUGCGAAGACCCCGGAACGCCCCAGUUUGGCUACAAGGUUCAUGAUGGAGGUCACUUUGCAGGCAGCUCUGUGUCCUUCAGUUGUGACCCUGGCUACAGCCUGCGGGGCAGCCAGGAGCUGCAGUGUCUGAGUGGAGAACGCAGGACCUGGGACCGGCCGCUGCCCACCUGUGUCGCUGAGUGUGGAGGGACGGUGAAAGGAGAGGUGUCAGGGCAGGUGCUAUCGCCGGGGUAUCCAGCUCCCUACGAACACAACCUCAACUGCAUCUGGACCGUGGAAGCAGAUGCCGGCUGCACCAUCGGGCUCCACUUCCUGGUGUUUGAUACAGAGGAGGUCCAUGAUGUGCUGCGCAUCUGGGACGGGCCUGUGGAGAGCGGGGUUCUGUUGAAGGAGCUGAGCGGCUCAGUCCUGCCCAAGGACCUGCACAGCACCUUCAACUCGGUCGUUCUGCAGUUCAGCACGGACUUCUUCACCAGCAAGCAAGGCUUUGCCAUUCAGUUCUCAGUGUCCACAGCGACAUCCUGCAAUGACCCUGGGGUCCCACAGAACGGGAGCCGGAGUGGCAACAGUUGGGAAGCUGGGGACUCCACAGUGUUCCAGUGUGACCCUGGCUACGCGCUGCAGGGAAGUGCAGAGAUCAGCUGCGUGAAGAUAGAAAACAGAUUCUUCUGGCAGCCCAGCCCGCCCACGUGCAUUGCUCCUUGUGGGGGAGACCUGACGGGACCAUCAGGAGUCAUCCUGUCGCCAAAUUAUCCCGAGCCCUAUCCGCCAGGCAAGGAGUGUGACUGGAAAGUGACCGUCUCGCCAGACUACGUCAUCGCCCUGGUAUUUAACAUCUUUAACUUGGAGCCUGGCUAUGACUUCCUUCAUAUCUACGAUGGACGGGACUCUCUCAGCCCUCUCAUAGGAAGCUUCUAUGGCUCCCAGCUCCCAGGCCGCAUUGAAAGCAGCGGCAACAGCCUAUUCCUCGCCUUCCGCAGCGACGCAUCUGUGAGCAAUGCUGGCUUUGUGAUUGACUACACAGAAAACCCACGAGAGUCAUGCUUUGACCCUGGUUCCAUCAAGAAUGGCACACGAGUGGGGUCUGACCUCAAACUGGGCUCUUCCAUCACCUACUACUGCCACGGCGGCUACGAGGUGGAGGGCUCCUCGACCCUGAGCUGCAUCCUGGGGCCUGAUGGGAAGCCCGUGUGGAACAAUCCACGGCCUGUCUGCACAGCUCCCUGUGGGGGACAGUAUGUGGGUUCAGAUGGUGUGGUCCUAUCUCCCAACUACCCCCAGAACUACACCAGCGGACACAUCUGCUUGUAUUUUGUGACCGUGCCCAAGGACUACGUGGUGUUUGGCCAGUUCGCCUUCUUCCACACGGCCCUCAACGACGUGGUGGAGGUGCAUGAUGGUCACAGCCAGCACUCUCGGCUCCUCAGCUCCCUCUCGGGCUCCCACACAGGAGAGUCUCUACCCUUGGCCACCUCCAAUCAAGUUCUCAUUAAGUUCAGUGCCAAAGGCCAAGCACCAGCCAGGGGCUUCCACUUUGUUUACCAAGCGGUGCCCCGAACCAGCGCCACGCAGUGCAGCUCUGUGCCAGAACCCCGCUAUGGCAAGAGGCUGGGCAGUGACUUCUCAGUGGGAGCCAUCGUCCGCUUCGAAUGCAAUUCCGGCUAUGCCCUGCAGGGGUCCCCAGAAAUCCAGUGCCUCCCUGUGCCUGGGGCCUUGGCUCAGUGGAACGUCUCAGCACCAACCUGCGUGGUGCCAUGUGGAGGCAAUCUGACGGAGCGCAAGGGCACCAUCUUGUCACCCGGCUUCCCAGAGCCCUACCUCAACAGCCUCAACUGUGUAUGGAAGAUCAUGGUCCCUGAAGGUGCAGGCAUCCAGAUUCAAGUUAUCAGUUUUGUCACAGAGCAGAACUGGGACUCCCUGGAAGUAUUUGAUGGUGCAGAUAACACCGUCACCAUGCUGGGGAGUUUCUCAGGGACCACCAUGCCUGCCCUUCUGAACAGCACCUCCAACCAACUGUACCUUCACUUCUACUCAGACAUCAGUGUGUCUGCCGCCGGCUUCCACUUGGAGUACAAAACGGUGGGCUUGAGCAGCUGUCCAGAACCCGCGGUGCCCAGUAAUGGAGUGAAGACCGGCGAGCGCUACUUGGUGAACGAUGUGGUCUCUUUCCAGUGUGAGCCGGGCUAUGCCCUCCAGGGCCACGCCCACAUCUCCUGUAUGCCUGGGACGGUGAGGAGAUGGAACUACCCGCCUCCGCUCUGUAUUGCGCAGUGCGGAGGAGCAGUGGAAGAGUUGGAGGGGGUGAUCCUGAGCCCCGGCUUCCCAGGCAACUACCCUAGCAACAUGGAUUGCUCCUGGAAGAUAGUGCUGCCCGUGGGCUUUGGAGCUCACAUCCAGUUCCUGAACUUCUCCACGGAGCCCAACCAUGACUUCAUAGAAAUCCGGAACGGCCCCUACGAGACCAGCCGCAUGAUGGGCAGGUUCAGCGGCAGCGAGCUCCCCAGCGCCCUGCUCUCCACCUCCCAUGAGACCACCGUGUAUUUCCACAGCGACCACUCCCAGAACCGGCCUGGAUUCAAGCUGGAGUAUCAGGCCUAUGAACUUCAAGAGUGCCCAGAUCCAGAGCCCUUUGCCAAUGGCAUUGUGAGGGGAGCUGGCUACAAUGUUGGACAAUCAGUGACCUUCGAGUGCCUUCCAGGAUAUCAGCUGACUGGCCACCCUGUCCUCACAUGUCAACAUGGCACCAACCGGAACUGGGACCACCCCCUGCCCAGGUGUGAAGUUCCCUGCGGUGGUAACAUCACCUCUUCCAAUGGCACUGUGUACUCCCCGGGUUACCCCAGUCCAUACUCCAGCUCCCAGGACUGUGUCUGGAUGAUCACUGUGCCCAUUGGUCAUGGUGUCCGCCUCAACCUCAGCCUGCUACAGACAGAGCCCUCCGGAGACUUCAUCACCAUCUGGGAUGGGCCUCAGCAGACAUCUCCACAGCUAGGAGUCUUCACCCGGAGCUUGGCCAAGAAAACAGUGCACAGUUCAACCAACCAGGUCCUGCUCAAGUUCCACCAUGAUGCAGCCUUGGGUGGGAUCUUUGCCAUCGCCUUCUCUGCUUAUCCACUCACCAAGUGCCCACCUCCCACCAUCCUCCCCAAUGCUGAAGUUGUCACUGAGAAUGAAGAAUUCAACAUAGGUGACAUCGUUCGCUACAGGUGUCUUCCUGGCUUUACCUUAGUGGGGAAUGAAAUCCUGACCUGCAAACUUGGAACCUCCCUGCAGUUUGAGGGCCCGCCCCCAAUAUGUGAAGUGCAUUGCCCGACAAACGAGCUUCUGACAGACUCCACGGGUGUGAUCCUGAGCCAGAGCUACCCUGGAAGCUACCCCCAGUUCCAGACCUGCUCUUGGCUGGUGAGAGUGGAGCCCGAGUACAACAUCUCCCUCACGGUGGAAUACUUCCUCAGUGAGAAGCAGUAUGAUGAGUUUGAGAUCUUCGACGGUCCCUCAGGACAAAGUCCUCUGCUGAAAGCCCUCAGUGGGAAUUACUCUGCUCCUCUGAUUGUCACCAGCUCAAGCAACUCUGUGUACCUGCGCUGGUCAUCUGACCACGCCUACAAUCGAAAGGGCUUUAAGAUUCGGUAUUCAGCCCCUUACUGCAGCCUGCCCAGGGCUCCACUCCACGGCUUCAUUCUGGGCCAGACCACCACCCAGCCCGGCGGCUCCAUCCACUUUGGCUGCAACACAGGAUACCGCUUGGUGGGACACAGCAUGGCCAUUUGUACCCGGCACCCCCAGGGGUACCACCUGUGGAGCGAGGCCAUUCCUCUCUGUCAAGCUCUUUCCUGCGGUCUUCCUGAUGCCCCCAAGAAUGGAAUGGUGUUUGGCAAGGAGUACACGGUGGGGACCAAGGCUGUGUACAGCUGCAGCGAAGGCUACCACCUCGCGGCUGGCGCAGAGGCCACCGCGGAGUGUCUGGAGACAGGCCUGUGGAGCAACCACAACGUCCCCCCUCAGUGUGUCCCUGUGACCUGUCCUGAUGUCAGCAGUAUCAGUGUGGAGCAUGGCAGGUGGAGGCUCAUCUUUGGGACCCAGUACCAGUUCCAGGCCCAGCUGAUGCUCAUCUGUGACCCUGGCUACUACUACACUGGCCAGAGGGUCAUCCGAUGUCAGGCCAAUGGCAAAUGGAGCCUUGGGGAUUCCAUGCCCACCUGCCAAAUCACCUCCUGUGGAGAGCUCCCCACGCCCCCCAGUGGCCACCGCAUUGGAACACUGUCUGUCUAUGGGGCCACUGCCAUCUUCUCCUGCAAUUCCGGGUACACUCUGGUGGGCUCCAGGGUGCGGGAAUGCUUGGCCAACGGGCUCUGGAGCGGCUCAGAAGUCCGCUGCCUGGCUGGACACUGUGGGACCCCUGAGCCCAUCGUCAACGGACACAUCAACGGAGAGAACUACAACUACCGGGGCAGCGUGGUGUACCAGUGCAACGCCGGCUUCCGCCUCAUCGGCAUGUCAGUGCGCAUCUGCCAGCAGGACCACCACUGGUCGGGCAAGACCCCUUUCUGUGUGCCAAUCACCUGUGGACACCCAGGCAAUCCUAUCAACGGUCUCACUCACGGCAGCCAGUUUAACCUGAACGAUGUGGUCAAGUUUGUUUGCAACCCUGGGUAUGUGGCUGAGGGGGCUGCGAGGUCCCAGUGCCUGGCCAGCGGGCAAUGGAGUGACAUGCUGCCUACCUGCAGAAUCAUCAACUGCACAGAUCCUGGGCACCAAGAAAACAGCAUCCGUCAAGUCCAUGCCAGUGGCCCACACAGGUUCAGCUUUGGCACCUCCGUGUCUUACCAGUGCAACCACGGCUUCUACCUCCUGGGCACCCCCGUGCUCAGCUGCCAGGGGGACGGCACCUGGGACCGUCCCCGCCCCCAGUGCCUCUUGGUGUCCUGUGGCCAUCCAGGCUCCCCGCCUCAUUCCCAAAUGUCCGGAGACAGCUAUAUCGUGGGGGCAGUCGUGCGCUACAGCUGCACCGGCAAGCGGACUCUGGUGGGAAACGCCACGCGCAUGUGCGGGCUGGAUGGACACUGGACCGGCUCCCUCCCCCACUGCUCAGGCACCAGCACCGGAGUGUGUGGGGACCCUGGGAUCCCGGCCCAUGGCAUCCGUCUGGGGGACAGCUUUGCUCCAGGCAGUCUGAUGCGCUUCAGCUGUGAAGCCGGCCACGUGCUCCGGGGGUCGUCAGAGCGAACCUGCCAGGCCAACGGCUCGUGGAGUGGCACGCAGCCUGAGUGUGGAGUGAUCUCUUGUGGGAACCCUGGGACUCCGAGCAACGCCCGAGUCAUGUUCAGUGACGGCCUGGUGUUCUCCAGCUCCAUUGUCUACGAGUGUCGGGAAGGCUACUAUGCCACGGGCCUGCUCAGCCGGCACUGCUCUGUCAAUGGCACCUGGACAGGCAGUGACCCUGAGUGCACAGUCAUAAACUGUGGUGACCCUGGGAUUCCAGCCAAUGGCCUCCGGCUGGGCAAUGACUUCAGGUACAACAAAACUGUGACAUACCAGUGUAUCCCUGGCUACAUGAUGGAGUCACACAGGGUGUCUGUGCUGAGCUGCACCAAGGACCGAACAUGGAAUGGUACCAAGCCAGUCUGCAAAGCUAUCAUGUGCAAGCCGCCUCAGCUCAUCCCCAACGGGAAAGUGGUGGGAUCUGACUUCCUGUGGGGCUCCAGUGUGACUUACGCCUGCCUGGAAGGGUACCAGCUCUCCUUGCCAGCAGUGCUCACCUGUGAAGGAAACGGAUCCUGGACCGGAGAGCUGCCUCAGUGCUUCCCCGUGUUCUGUGGCGAUCCUGGGGUCCCGCCCCGUGGGAGAAGAGAGGACCGAGGCUUCUCGUACAGGUCAUCUGUGUCCUACUCCUGCCACCCUCCUCUGGUGCUGGUGGGCUCUCCACGGAGGUUUUGUCAAUCAGAUGGGACAUGGAGUGGCACCCAGCCCAGCUGCAUAGAUCCCACGCUGACCAUGUGCGCGGACCCCGGAGUGCCACAGUUCGGGAUACAGAACAAUUCCCAAGGCUACCAGGUUGGCAGCACGGUGCUCUUCCGUUGUCAGAAAGGAUACCUGCUUCAGGGCUCCACCACCAGGACCUGCCUGCCCAACCUGACCUGGAGUGGAACUCCGCCCGACUGCGUCCCCCACCACUGCAAGCAGCCGGAGACACCAACCCAUGCCAACGUCGGGGCCCUGGACCUGCCCUCCAUGGGCUACACGCUCAUCUACUCCUGCCAGGAGGGCUUCUCCCUCAAGGGUGGUUCCGAGCACCGCACCUGCCGGGCGGACGGCAGCUGGACCGGCAAGCCGCCCAUCUGCCUGGCAGAGGUCCGGCCCAGUGGGAGACCCAUCAACACUGCCCGGGAGCCGCCACUCACUCAAGCCUCCGUUCCUGGGGAUGUUUUUGCCAAGAAUUCCCUAUGGAAAGGGGCCUAUGAGUACCAGGGGAAGAAGCAGCCAGCCAUGCUCAGAGUGACCGGCUUCCAGGCUGCCAACAGCAAGGUCAACGCCACCAUGAUUGACCACAGUGGUGUGGAGCUGCACUUGGCUGGAUAUUACAAGAAAGAAGAUUUCCAUCUCCUGCUGCAAGUCUACCAGAUUACAGGGCCUGUGGAGAUCUUUGUGAAUAAGUUCAAAGAUGACCACUGGGCUUUAGAUGGGCAUGUCUCCUCGGAAUCUGCAGGAGGUACCUUCAUCUACCAAGGCUCCGUCAAGGGUCAAGGCUUUGGCCAGUUUGGCUUUCAAAGACUUGACCUCCGGCUGUUGGAGUCAGAUCCCGAAUCCAUCGGCCGCCACUUUGCUUCCAACAGCAGUUCGGUGGCGGCCGCCAUCCUGGUGCCUUUCAUCGCCCUCAUCAUUGCAGGCUUCGUGCUCUAUCUCUACAAGCACAGGAGAAGACCCAAAGUGCCGUUCAAUGGCUACGCCGGCCACGAGAACACAAAUGUUCGGGCCACAUUUGAGAACCCCAUGUACGACCGCAACAUCCAGCCCACAGACAUCAUGGCCAGCGAGGCGGAGUUCACAGUCAGCACAGUGUGUACCGCGGUAUAGCCCCCAGGCCUGGCUGCCGCCGCUGCCGCCACCGAGAGCCCCGCCUCCAGCAACCGCUCCCCAAGGGGCAGGAAGGAGCGCCCCUGAGCACAGCGCCCGGUGCCCGUCUUCGUCUGUCUCUACGCCUGUCUCUGCCACUGCUGGGACUCGAGCCCACACCCUGCCACCAUCUGCACCUGCCACCCUGGAGAGGACUCCUGCAAUGCCCUGGCUUGGGGCAGUAAAGGAAGAGGGGCUUCAGACAGAGGAAGGAAGUUUGUGGAUUGAAAAUGGCCAAGCAGCUUGUGGAUGUGCAUGUGUGUGCACAGGCCUGAGCACAUGCGCGCACACACCUCUCCUUCAUCUGCAACCCAUGGAAGAGACCACAAAGGCUUAAAAAAGAGAAGUGUGUGUGUCAGAGAUGCCCCAUGCCCCAUGUCAAAGAUGUUCCCCACAAACAGAAAAGAAAUGAAUACGGAGAGGUAUAGUCAGCUCUCAAACCAACAUGCCUUCCCUCUGUCCCAUGUGUGAGGACACAGCGAAUGCAUUGGUGGGACACAUCAAGGAGUCAGUGUGCAGAUAGAUACCAGCCAUCUGCAGAUGGAUGAUCCCAUCUGCACAGUGACAGGAUUGCCCCGAGGGCAGGGGGGAAAUCAAAAAUAGUUUGGUAAUCAUUUUUUUAAGUUUGUUUCAAACAUAAUUGUACUGAGUUCUAAACCCAGUGAAUUAAAAGUCAUUUGGCUCCUGGGUAGCCCCUGAAAAAAAUGGCAAGCCAGAGAGAACAGGGCAGGAUUCUGGCAGGGAACAUCUGGCUGUCAACUGACCAAGAAAAAAGAAAACACAUGUAUGACUCAGAUGGGUGGCAGGUCUGGAGGCAGCAGGGAGGUGCUGUAGAUGACAGGAGAGCAAACCUGCCCCGGCACCCAGAAAAAUGAUGGCCACCACACACUGGGUUUCUCUCUGUGCCUAACACUCUAUGUGUGUUAUUUCUAGUUUGUACACACCACCAAAAGAGGAUAUAUUACUCCCAUUUUAUAGAUGAGAAAACAGACUCCUGGGAAGGUAAAGAGACAUGAGCAACAACAGAUUGAAUAAGAGUAGAGUCAGGAUGCAAAUUAAUGAAUCUGACUCCAAAGUUCACUAUACUUGCUGCCAGAAACCCAGGUUUAAAAGGUACACCAAAGAAAGGAGGUGUAGGUGAAUCUCCACUAAAGCACUGUGGCCAGGUCUGGCAGACCAGGCAGGGGGCACCUGUGUCUAAUUUUGUUUCUGCUCUCUCUACCUGGGCAGCAUCAGGACAGCGACCUAUUAUCUCCAGUGUGUUGGAGAUGUUGCUGGCCCCAGAAGCCCCUGACCACAGCAAACAAAGGGACCUAGCAGCUCUGAAUCAAAAAUAAUAAUGAAAUGAAUGAAAGUCACACUCUCUCCAGCUCCUUUCAGUGGGUUUGACUUAUUUUGAUAGUUUCAUUGUGCUUGGGUUGUUAAUGAAUUUCAUGUGUAUGGCUGGGAAGCUCAUGAGUUUAGAAAACAACGUCAGACAUUUAGAGCCACUUUCUCUAUGCUUGGGAAGGUCCCCAUGGGCUCACUCCCCUGUGCAUGUGUGACAUGCCAGCCUUGGAUAUUGGUAUAGCAUAUUGAAAUAGCAAAUAGAAAUGAGUGGGAGUGGGGGGAGAGGGCCACCUGGUUUUUGAACCAGUUCUGAGUUGCAACAAUUAAAAGAUCUGACGGAUUGAUGUCAAGAUGAACUAAAGUGAGAGGUGUCAAUUUCCAGCAGAUAGAAUGGAGAUGGGCAAUGGCAGGAGCCCACUCCUGCCCACACUCACCCUGAGACCUGGAUCCUGGGGCUGGUGGGGAAGGACCCAUCCAGACAACACCCUCACACCCUCAUUUCUUUCAGUCCCUGAAAACAAGUGCAGGAAGUUCUCGAUGCUCCUUCCCCUUCCUAUAUUCUGCCACCCACUGGACUCCUCCUCCAGCGCUGGCUCCAUUCCCUCCCUUGUGUCUCCUUGUAAAGUCCUAGGAGAUGCUUGAGGAUCACAGGCUGGUGGACACCCAGCACUCUGCUUUGCACCACCCUGUACCACCUCUGGCAUUUUCUCCCCACCUCCAGAGGCCUGGAAGGGAACAGGGCAGAUGAGGCCCUUGGCCCACCAUUCACAACAUACACCCACCACCGCCAUCCCAUGAGGAAAAAAAAAAAAAGUAAAACAAAAACAAAAAAAAAAUCUUUUGUACAGAGAUAUAUUUUUAUUAUACAAAGUUUGUACAGUACCAAAAAAGACAGAAAAAAAGGUGUAAAUUUUUUUUCAUUAUUGUAGGUAAAUGGUAGUGGAAGCCUUUUUUGUAAAUGUAAUAAAAUGUAUAAAUAUGGUUUUCAGAAAUCAUCAAGUGCUGUAAAUAUGUAAUCUACACACCUUCUUGGCUUGUCUGCGGUAUACACAUUUAAUUUAUCUGUCUCUGUAUAUGAGGCUUCCCCUGGGGUCCUGCAUUAUGGUACUUUACUGAAUUUGAAAGCAAUUUUAAAUUUUUUGAAUUCAAAUAAAAUAUAAAUUUUUGCA